CGGCGCGGGCGCUUCCGGGGACGUGUCUGAGGGCGAUGGCGGGCGCGGCGCCGGCUGGGGAGGCGGACGAGCUCUUCGACCUCCGCAACAACUUCUACAUCGGCGCCUACCAGGCCGCCAUCAACGAGGCGCAGCGGGCCAAGCCCAGCAGCCCCCAGAAGGAGGCCGAGCGGGACGUGUUCCUGUUCCGAGCCUACAUCGCCCAGAGGAAGUUUGGGGUGGUUCUGGACGAGCUGCAGGGCAGCCCCAGCCCCGAGCUGCAGGCUGUCAGGAUGUUUGCUCAGUUCCUGGCCAGCGACAGCCAGAGCUUGGCCAUGAUGAUCCAGAUCCUGCUGAAGCUCGACAGACUCGACCUGGCCAGGAAGGAGCUGAAGAAAAUGCAGGAGCAGGAUGAGGAUGCCACCCUGACCCAGCUGGCCACAGCCUGGGUGAACCUGGCCGUGGGUGGGGAGAAGCUGCAGGAUGCCUUCUACACCUUCCAGGAGCUGGCAGACAGGUACUGCCCCUCGCUGCUGCUGCUCAACGGCCAGGCUGCUGCUGCCAUGGCCCAGGGCCGCUGGGACGAGGCCGAGGGGCUGCUCCAGGAGGCUCUGGACAAGGACAGCGGGCACCCCGAGACCCUGCUGAACCUGGUGGUGCUGUCCCAGCACCUGGGCAAGGCCCCCGAGGUCACCAAUCGUUACCUGUCCCAGCUUAAAGAUGCUCACAAAAACCAUCCCUUCAUCAAGGAGUACCAGGCCAAGGAGAACGACUUUGACCGCCUGGCCCUGCAAUAUGCACCCAGUGCCUGAGCCUGGAAAAUCCCCUUUGGGACCCAAAAAAUCCCCCUGGGACCCAAAAAAUCCCCCUGGGACCCAAAAAAAUCCCUUUGGAACACAAAAAAUCACCCUGGGGCCCAAAAAAUUCCCUUUGGGACCCAAAUAAUCUCCUCUGGAACUCAAAUAAUCCCCCUGGGACCCAGGAAAUCCCCUUUAGGACCCAGGAAAUCCCCUUUGGGACCCAAAAAAUCCCCUUUGGGACCCAAAAAAUCCCCUUUGGGACCCAAAAAAUCCCCUUUGGGACCCAAAAAAUC